AUGUCGAUCGCGGACAUGGGGGUGACCUCGCCCUCGGCCAGGGCCACGAGCAGCCCCGGCUCCGACCGUACCCAUAGGUCUAGGAGGACCAACCAGCUCUGGCUCGGCACCGACGACAUGUGGAUGCCCCGGAGCACGGGCAUGAAUACGAGCGACCUCAGGUUCAAGUCCUGCUCUACGCCCGGGUGCGGCAGGACGUCGGGGUUUUUAGAGUGCAACGCCAUGACGCUCAGGGCGGGGUUCGACACCUACACCGAGCACACGACCGUGGACACGUUGGCGAAGAGGAUGGCGGACAUAGAGGUGACCGCGAACACGACCUUCAUCUUCUACGAUAUGGAGGUGACCAGCACGAACGAGAUAGACCAGCUGUCCGCGGUCGCGGUACAGGACAGGCACAUCGACCUGGUCAUCAGGGCGACCACGAGAAGGAACAACAGCCCGAUCAUCAGCAGGUUCUCGCCCAUGGUCUAG